AUGAGCGAAAGCACCUCGACGCUGGAACCGCAACAGCAGGCAGCGGAAGAGCAAGUGGAGACUGGGAGUGAAGAGCGGAGGAGCGAGGGCGAGGAGCAACGGAAGCAGAAGCCGCUGGUAGCGGCGGCGAGCGAGGGGGGGAAGCAAGGCCCGGGGGGUCGGUCAUGGCGGUUACUCAUCGCCGGUGGGUUGGCGGGCGCCGUGGCUCGCACGUGCUCCGCGCCACUUGAUCGCAUCAAGCUGCUGCUGCAGGUGCAGCAGCUGGGGCAGCUGGGCACGAGCGCGAACGCGUACACGGGGAUCGGGCAGGCGAUGGUGAAGAUCACGCGCGAGGAGGGCAUUCGCGCCUUCUGGAAGGGCAACGGGCUCAACAUCAUCAGAAUAUUCCCCUACUCCGCCACCCAGCUGACGUCACACGAGCAGUACAAGGCGAUGAUCGCGGGGCCGUCGGGGCAGCUGAGCGUGCCGCAGCGGCUGAUGGCGGGCGCGCUGGCGGGCAUGACGGCGACGGCGCUGACGCACCCGCUGGACACGGUGCGGCUGCGCAUGGCCAUGCCCACGUCGGGGUACAACGGCAUGGCGGACGCCUUCUCCACCAUCGCGCGCACGGAGGGCGUGCUGGCCAUGUACAAGGGGCUCUUCGCCACGCUGCUCGGCAUCGCGCCCUACGCCGCCGUCAACUUCGCCUCGUACGACCUGCUCAAGUCGUCGCUGUACGGGUCGGGCAUGGUGCAGCAGUCCGUGCCCGCGAACCUGCUCAUGGGCGCCACCGCCGGCACCAUCGCCACGUCCGUGUGCUACCCGCUUGACACCGUGCGCCGACGCAUGCAGAUGAAGGGCAAGGUAUAUCGCAACACAGGAGAUGCGUUUGUCACCAUCGCUCGAACAGAAGGCCCAAGGGGCUUUUAUCGUGGCUGGCUUGCCAACACGCUCAAGGUGGUUCCUCAAAACUCCAUUCGCUUCGUGGCAUUUGAGUUCUUCAAGUCGGUUGUUGGAGUUGCUAAGAAGAAGACAGACACAUAG